AUGCUCACUGGAACUGAACCUUCCUUUGGCAUGUGGUGCAUCUAUAAAAAAGAGUUUCAAGAAGAAUUGAGAAUUUAUUACCGAGAAAGCGGCGUGGAAAAGCUUUUCAUUACGAAACUUCCCAUGAAAUGGUGUGCAUCUACAAGAAAGACUUGCAGGAAGAAUUUGGAAGAAAAUUACUGUGCUGUGAGAUCCGGAUUUUGUCAUAAUACGUUAUUUACCUCACUGGAUAUCUUACAAGAAAUACCUGACACUAGAUCCACGAGAUUUUGUAAUCCUGUAGUUAAUAUCAACGAUAACGUCGACCAAAAAAGUAAUGCAGAAGACGGUUCAUUUUUCGUUAACACGGAUAAUAGACAGGCCAGUGAAAAUACAUUUUACCCCGCGUUUUCUCCAUUUCAAAAUCAACCGUUAGGUCAUUCUAGACCUAUCUUCUUCACUCAACAAGACACAGCAUUUAGCCAGAGGACGCCUUUUCAAAAUAAUUUUGACAAUUCGGGAAGACACAGUGGAUACAAAGACUCCUACAUCUUCAACAACAACAACAACAACAACAACGCAUCGCCAAAACCCGAACAAGAAAGCAUCUUAGGAUCUGGUAAUUUCGGAGUCAUAACUGGUGGAACUUUCUACAGUGAGAAGGACGAGAAUUCGAAAUACGGGAACUACGAUUCGUUUUCCCACAACGGACACGGAAAACCUGCGUUUUAUUUUACAUCGCAAUCCAAACCCCAACCGUAUCAACAAGAACAGUUCGCUAAUUUCAAAGACUUUGCUGACAUCAAUACCCAAAAUGAUAGGCAAUAUUCACAAUAUGUUGUUGCCUAUGCUCCAAGAGAGAACGAUACGAUUGAGAGAGAAAAUCGAGGAGAAGAAACAGUGGUUACAAAACCAAUUCCAAAAAAUAUUAUUGAAAGCCUAACUCUAAUAGAUUCGGAACACAUAACUACAAUACCAGAGAAAAAACUAUCAGCGUCAAAGAGGAAGCUUGCUAUACUUAAACCAGAAAAGAAGCAUCUAAUAAAAAUUAUAAAGAAAACCAAAUCUAGAGAACUGGAAGAACCACUUCUGGCUUUAAGUUAA